AUGCAAUUUCUACUCGGUUUUUUCCUGUCUUUCGGUAAUUUUAGGACAGCAGACAAGAUUCUUUUAAAAAGUUUGUCCAGCGACCAUCUCUUCGUCAUUUUCGAAUUCAGUGGAUUCAUGGAAUCUGGAGCGAAAAAUAUUCGCCGAGCAGGCGAAUAUUGCGAAUAUGAACGAGCUGGUGAGGAAAUUUAGAGCGGAAUUUUGGAGCAUCGGAUAACGUUUAGGUUUGGGACGUGAAAUUGGCCGAAAAAGCGGCGAAAAUGAAGUGCGACGAGUUGCGGCACGGCGGAGAUUAUCGGGUUUUUCGGGCCGGUGACCAAAAUGGACGGAGCCCUGAGCAACUGGCGAAAGAGCUCGACCGAAAUGGAAAAGACGUGCUUGGCUCUGAUUUCGAGCCGUUUAAUCCGAUUCAGACGAGAAUUGGAUGUGGCCGGAAGACGGAUUGCGAGAUUUGUCUGAUCGGACCCAUGUGAGUCUCUUCGUUUUCUUUUUCAAAAUGAAGUCAAUUCCAGCAAUAUCCUGUACAAAUCGGACUUCAAACGAGGUGCGACGGGUUCUUCAUGCGAGCACGGACGUGCCGGGACCGUCGGAUUGUGCCACGGAUCUCCGGUGAGCACGACGGGACCGCCGAUCGAGGCGCCGGGUCUCAUUUCGGCCGAAACCAUCGUCAAGUGCCUUUUUCUGUUCGUCGGCUUUUAUUUCGCCUAG